AUGGCAGAGGAAGCAUCGUUUCGAGACGCAGUUGCUGUUCCGGGGCUCUCGGGUGCUUCCGAGUCUGCUGCCGCUGACCAGCAGCCCAAGAAGUUUCCCAAGGGAGUGGUGCUAGGCAAAGAUGGCAAGCCAUGUCGAAGCUGCACAUCAUUCGCUUCCUGGGCCGCACAGACGAAAAAAGACGUCACCACCGGCAGCAGAGCAGUAUCUACAACAGCAACAGCCGUCGCCUCGGGCCCUCCGGCCGACUGCCCGCCCGACGUCGAGACUCUUGGCCGGAGCACCUGGACGCUCCUCCACUCCAUCGCGGCGUCGUACCCAGAGAUGCCCUCGCAGGGGCAGAAGUCGGACCUGCUGAGCUUCGUCGGGCUCUUCUCCAAGCUGUACCCGUGCUGGGUGUGCGCCGAGGAUUUCCAGGGCUACAUGGCUCGGCAGAAGCCGCAGGUGAACAACCGGGACGAGUUUUCGCAGUGGCUCUGCCGCGCUCACAACGACGUCAACAGGAAGCUGGGGAAGCCCGAGUUUGACUGCUCGCGUUGGGAUGAGCGCUGGAGGACCGGGUGGAAGGAUGGCCGAUGCGACUGA